ACUGACAACUUUUGUCACAGACCAUUGGUCGCAUUUAUCCAGCACUGGCUUUUUUUAACCACCACGGUCAUUAUACCUCCUCCCCGUCUCUCUGUCCCUCUCAGUUCCUCCCUCACUUCAUUUAAAGAAGAGACCAUCAAGUCUUUGUGAUGCUUUCACUAUUUUGAUUGAUAAAUUGACAGAAAGAGUCAGCGAUCAUUGGCGCCACUCGAUAUCAACACUUUUUGGACACUUCACUGAGCCCGCCCACUCCCUUGCCCAACUGGCAAGCAUUCGCUAUCUCAACUUUGGAGCAGGUGGAUUGGUCUUAUGGUCGGGAACGCAUCUCUUGCUCUGAGUUUCUUUGAAACAACCAUCUCAUGUCGACGGUAAUACUUGAAGUUACUGCUAGAGAACCCUAUUAGCCGAUGAUUUUCUUCAGGAAAGAAUUUUGUGUCUUAACAGUCGAGCAAUGAUAAGCUGAACAAAUAUUCGAAAUACUGGAGAUACUAGCGUGAAGUUGAUAAAAUAAACUUGUCAUAGAAUAAUUAGAGACUCGUCAACCUUUGACUCAUUGAAAACAUUUGUGAUCUGUAUCUAUGGACAGUAGUCGUGAAUUUUCAGGAGAGGAUCCAGGAACUCCGUCUCCACGCCACGAAACACGCAAGAUGCGUCAAUCACCAGAUCGUCCGAGUCAUCACACAGCUCGCCCCGCCGCAUCUCUGGCGUCGCAACCACUCCGCCCUGCUCACUAUCCUGAUGACGACGACCACUACAGAACGCACAGCCCUCCUCCGAGCCAGCCUAGAGCGAAGGGAUUCAGUAUCGAGAGCAUUCUAUCUCCGACGGACAAGCACCAGAAAUCACCGAGGUCGCCACCGAUGUCGCCCCCGAGUCCGUCGAAGUCGACCAACGGGUGCAAUGAUGGACUUCUGUACAGCAGCUCUCGACAUCCUCUCUCGCCGACAGGUCCCGGGCUUGGACGGGCGGCGUUAGAUGAGCUCGCCGCACACAGAGCAGCGGCUCUCCAUAUCCCGACUGCUGCACUCCCCUUUUCUCAUCUAGCACACAAUCCUGCAUUUUAUGCCUGGAUGCAUGGGGCGUCCUUCUUACAUUAUCAUGGUAUGCCGGGAUUCAGCUCUCACCCACCAAUAGCCCAGCCGUUGACCAACAGUAGCCGCCUUGCUAUGGCAAAGGACAUCUCGCCUAGACCAACUCAAUCUCAUAGCAGCUUCGGAGAGGAAAGCGGCGAAAAAGAUAGCCGUGAUCGAGAAUCACCAGAUCCUGAGCUCCGUCGAAAUGACGGACAUGAAGAGGACGAUGACGACGACGAUGAUCCGUCUCCACAAAAGAAGAAGAAAAAGACGAGAACUGUAUUUUCGCGAAGUCAAGUGUUCCAGCUUGAAUCGACGUUUGAAGUUAAGCGUUAUCUGUCGAGUUCUGAGCGGGCUGGACUGGCAGCAAAUCUUCAUCUGACGGAGACCCAAGUAAAGAUAUGGUUCCAGAACCGUCGUAACAAGUGGAAGCGACAGAUGGCCGCCGAGCUGGAGGCAGCAAAUCUGGCUCACGCAGCUCAGAUACGCGCUCAAGCAAACCUCGCGCAGGCCAGCGCUGCACACGCCCAUGCGCAUGCGCAACGCAUGGUCCGCGUACCAAUUCUUUACCAUGAGAAUCAUUCUAACACUGGUUCGAGUAUGCACUCGCCUAAUGUCUUGCCUUUCCCUAUGCCCUACCAUGGAUCGUACCAUCAAAUUAACUCCUCAUCAACAUCUACAUCAUCGGCAAGAUCACCGCCGUCAACGAGUAUCGUCACAUGAAAUGUAUAAUGCGCCGUUAAUGGAACGAUAUUAUUCUUAAGUAGAAGAAAAUGUUUUUGAUUUUGUAGGGCAAAGGUAUAUGCAUGUGUCCUUAAU